GCUCGCGCGCUUCACCGGUGCACCCACACACAGUCCGCUCGCACACAGCGAUCCCGCGCGCCGUUUAGUUGUUAUUAUCAUUCCUCCCCCCGCCCCUCCCCGCCGCUCUGACUCCCCUGUGCUUGUGUGUAUGUUUUCUGGUUCGAUGGUCGACAAGUCAGUGAUGUGCGUAACAGCUGUGUGUUGUUGAUAAAAACGCGGGCAUCCGUACACUAUGUGCGGCGGGAAAGAGUUGUGCGCGGCUGGGAAGCACAGGUGAUAUGUAAAAGGACGUCGACGGCUGGUGUGCAGCGUCGGAACGAUCGAUAGAAUCUUCUUUGUUUUGCUUGCUUGCACAAGCCGCGCUGUGCCGUGCCGUUGCCGUUGCAGGAUGACGAGCAUCGGCGGACCGACACUUCUACAACUCGCAGAGGUCGCCGAGGCGAGAGGAGCUGCAGCAGCGCGAAGGAAGUCAGGCAGCCACGGCGAGGCGCAAGAGUGAGCGAACGUGAAAGGAAGAGCCUGGGCGAAGGCAAAAAGACUCUCUGCGGCGUGUGUGCGAAAACCGGUUCCGCGGUCUUUUACUGACCAACAUCUUAGCCACGAGCGCACACGGAAGGCGAUCGAGAUCCUCGAAACGAGACGGAGGGAAGAAGCGGAGCCGCACGCGAAAACACGGAGGCACGGCGGCACGGAGGCACGGAGGCACGGAGGCACGAUCGACGAUGAGACGGUGAGAUCGGGCGCGCGCAAUCAAGGAAUAGCGAGAGAGAACGCAGAGCUGUGCGAAUGCGGCUAUGAAGGAUGGCCGAACACCGGCGAGGCGAGAGGAGCGUGCGCGGCGCAGUGGGCUUCGCCGACCAAGACCCGAGUCGGGGCGAGAAGAGAGCCGUGGCCGCAAGGUGCGCCAUGUGGGCACUGUGCCUCGGCGUUUUCGCCUGUGUGCUUCAGUGCGCUGCAACCGCUACCCCCACCUGGGCGUACUUUCACAAUCCGGACGUGAGUACAGCGACGGAGCGAGGCUACUUCGGGCCAUGGAGGCAGUGCAAAUACAUGCUGUACGGAAGAGAGCGCUGUGGUCCCGGAGUAACGAGACUGAAGCCCAUGUGGACAGUUUGGGUAGCGGGUCUCGCAGCAGCAGGUGCCUCGAUGUUGCUGACCUUAGUCGUGAUACUGGCGGUACUUCAACUAGCGAUGGCAUCGUCGGCGAAACGCGUGGUCGUGUCCUACAGUACUGCCGUGAUGGGCAAAGUCGCUUUAUCUCUGCUAGCCACUUGUUUGGCGGUAGUAGCGGCCAGCCUCUUCGCCAUGCAAACCGACGACCGAGAUAAUAGUUUCAUCGUAACGAGAGGCGAAGGCUUCUACAUGCAGGUGGCAUCGAUAAUCCUGAGCUUCGGCGUGCUAGUCUCGGCGGUGUACGAAAGUAUCUACGCGAGACGUGGUGGCGACCCAACGAAGCUCAAUAGGACUUACUCGGACACGCGUGGCGCGACCUUCAAUAAUCCUGGCUAUCGGGAUCCCCGGCAUCCGAAUGGCGGCAGCAUCUCGAUGACCGACGCGAGUGGCAAACCGUACGGCAGUACCUCGGGCAACGGCUCGAUGGCGAGCGUGGCGACAUCGGGCAGCGUGGUAAGUACCGCGUCGCCGCUGCGGAGCUCGCUGAAAAAGCCCAAGCCACUCGGCAUACAGAAUCCCGGAUUCUCGACGCACAGCCCGACGUUGCAGCGGAACGGCUCGCAGAAGAAGGUCCGCAUACAAACGCACUCGACGGAAGUAUGACCCGGGGAGGACGGCCCGACCCUGUGCACCGAGGUUUAGAUCCGAGCUAACCCCGUGCCAACGCUUAAUCUCUGUAGGGCUUUUAGGGUUGUGGCCGUCGCCGAGCAGUGCUUCUCCCUCUUCUUUUAUGGGAAUGUUUACGGUGAGAUUGGGUUGCCACUCGAAUUGUCGCGCGUAACUUUUCUUCUCGUUUGGACAUUGUCCCUUUUCUUUGCUCACAAUUGUUUCAUGUCGUGCAAUCAUCGAAUCGUUUGAAAAGUAAGCGGCGCCGAUUCAUUCGAACGAUCGCAGUCUCACUCUGAAAGUGCGAAAAGUCUUCGAGAACUAGUUUUUUUCUUUGUUAUUUAUUUGCAAAGUAUCUCUGUAUAGUCGAUACGUAGAUCUGUCGUUUCGUUGAUAUUAAAAAUCGCUUCGAUAUACACUUUAUACUUUACACGCGUAUUUUUUUUUUUAUAUUUACAAGGUAUAUAUUGUACUAAACAGCAAAAACCGACAAAGUCUUUAUCGUCAGCGUUUUACUAGUUUUAAGCAUUGCGCAAAGAAUCUUUCUAAAAGAUUGUUUUAUGUACCUUAUAUUGUAACAUUAGAUGCCGUCCAAAAUUUAAGUAAUUUUGUGCAAUGAAGAUAAAGUGCCUGCUGUCUUUAUCAAAAACUUGACAAUCCAAAUAAAGGCCUAAAUAUUUUUCUUCUUUCGCGAUCUAGCACAAACAAUAACUUUGUUGAAUUCUUCUAAUAUACUUCUCGUAUCCUCUUAUAAAUAUACGAGUAUAUGAAAAACUAUUGAUAUUUUGUGAUAGUAACGUGUUGCACAUUAAUUUUUCAUCUCGAAUACAAUGUUAUAUGGAUGUUAUUGUAUUUUUUACGUUAAUAGAUUGCCUAAUGUAUUUGUAGCUCAGCUAUAAACCAUGUAUCGCUGUAAUCAAUUAUGAUAUUAGAUAGUGAGAUACUGAAGAAUGAUUAAAUACGACUCAAUCAAAACCAUCAAACGUAGACGGGAUUUAAGGUAUGAAAACCAUAGAAUACGAACAAUGAGAAUGGGAAAACGAGUGAGUUUGCGUGGAUAAAGCGAAAUACUUAUAGAUUUAAGCACCGAUACGAUAGUAACGUAUCCGUCCAGCCCUUCCUCGGCAGCUUUUACUUUGUGAACCGCCAUUCGGGCGGUCGCGAGCACAGAACAUAUUUAUUACAUGUAUAUGUAGAUGAUAUUAUUAUUAUUAUUAUAUGGAUAUCAGACACGAACAUUAUAUUCUUCUUAAUGGAUAUUUUUUUAAAGUCAUUUUUAUCGUAAGCGAAGAUGAGAAACCGGAGAAAGGCAUCGCGCGCAAGCGCGUAGGUACAAAAAGCGCCAGAAGAGAAAUCGAGCGACCAGCGGUGUCGUCCCUCGGCCCUUACACGAUGACCCGUCCAAAUCGAUAUUUUUAGUUUUAUGUCUUACUAUUAACCUGGAUACGUUAAUUUUCUUACUUUUAAUCUUCCUUGUUUAGGCAUCGACAAGGGGAAAGUAUUGCUUGCUAUAGGGAUAUUAUCAGCCGGCCUUGACGAAAAACCAACAAGCAAACGACAAUUGAAAUUGUUACAUAUUGCGACGGAACCGAAAUACUUUUAUUGGGAAGAAGGAGCUCGCGCGGAGGAAAUAAUUUGCAUUUCAGUUCCGCAUUCGAAGCCUUGGCUUGUCAGGCGUUUCGCUCUUACCUUAUUAACGCUGCUGUUGCGUUUACAAUUUAAACGCAUUGACCAUUGAGCACUUACCUGGCAAGUUUCGAGCUUGGUAAACGUGUACUUUUAUAAUGCCUUACAUCAACAUCGCCAAAGUGCGUGGGAGUGAGAUUGCCGAGUGACCUUAAAUCUUUGUACAUACACGAACAAAUCAAUAUGAUAACGGAUCAAUUAGUCGAAAAAACAAUGUAAGCGGCAAUUGUUUUCUAAAAGAUGUGUAGCAACUUUUGCGUCGACAGACUCGUCGGCAGAGGCUGCAAUAAAAAACAUGAUUAAACAGAU